UUGUUCAUGAUGAGUGAUGAGAAGAGCCUUGGGGUGUCCCCAAAAUUGGUCUCACCUUCAAGGAGCACAAGUAGUUGCUCUUCCAAGCAGGGAAGUCGACAGGACAGCUGGGAAGUGGUGGAAGGACUGAGGGGAGAGCUGAAUUACACACAGGAGCCACCAAUUCAGAAAGGAUUUUUGCUGAAAAAAAGGAAAUGGCCCUUGAAAGGCUGGCACAAGAGAUUCUUCUAUCUGGACAAAGGAAUCUUGAAAUAUGCCAAGAACCAAAGUGAUGUAAGUCGUCUUUAGCUGCAUGGCUGCAUUGAUGUCGGGCUCUCGGUGAUGUCUGUGAAGAAGUCGUCAAAGUGCAUAGAUCUAGACACCGAGGAGCACAUUUAUCAUCUGAAGGUAAAGUCAGAGGAAGUCUUUGAUGAGUGGGUAUCCAAACUUCGCCACCACAGAAUAUAUCGUCAGAAUGAAAUCGCCAUGUUUCCACACGAAGUUAAUCACUUUUUCCCCGGAUCUGCUGUCACAGACUCUGGUUCUGAGGUCUUGGACACCAUUUCCAGUAGGAAGCAUAGCAGUAUAUCAAAGCAGAAUUCGUUUCAAACCGGAAGCAAUUUAUCAUUUUCUUGUGGUGGUGAGACUCGAGUUCCAUUAUGGUUACAGUCUUCAGAGGACAUGGAAAAAUGCUCUAAAGAACUGGCAAACUGUCAUGCCUGCCUGGUGGAGAUGAGCCAGCUCCUGCAAAGUAUGGACGUCCUGCAUCGGACAUAUUCGGCUCCGGCUAUCAAUGUCAUCCAGGGUGGAGCUUUUGAAAGUCCCAAAAAGGAAAAAAGCUCACAUAGGAGAUGGCGGUCCAGAGCUGUUGGCAAAGACGCUAAAGGAACGCUGCAGGUCCCCAAACCUUUUUCUGGCCCAGUAAGACUGCAUUCCUCCAAUCCUAAUUUGUCAACACUAGAUUUUGGAGAAGAAAAAAAUUAUUCCGAUGGCUCUGAAACCUCAUCAGAGUUUUCUAAAAUGCAAGAAGAUCUGUGUCAUGUUGCCCAUAAAGUCUACUUCACUUUAAGGUCAGCUUUUAAUACCAUAUUAACGGAGAGAGAGAAACUGAAGCAGCUGAUGGAGCAGGAUGUCUCCGUCUCCCCCUCUGCCCAGGUCCUUGGUCUGAAGCACGCCCUGUCAUCUGCCCUAGCACAGAACACAGAUCUUAAAGAACGCUUAUGCAGAAUCCACGCUGAGUCUCUGCUCCUCGACCGCCCAGUUGCUGCCAAGUCGGGUGAUCGUCUGGCAGAGGAAAACUCCAGAGAUGACAAUCGAACUCUGGUCCAUCAGCUUUCCAACGAAAGCAGGCUCUCCAUCACUGACUCUCUUUCAGAGUUUUUUGAUGCACAGGAAGUUCUGUUGUCUCCAAGCUCUUCAGAAAAUGAGAUUUCUGAAGAUGAUUCAUAUGUCAGUGACAUAAGUGACAACCUUUCCUUAGAUAAUCUCAGUAAUGAUUUAGAUAAUGAGAGACAGACUUUGGAGCCUGUUCUCCAAAGUGGAGGGGAAGCCAAGUCCAAAAGAAGAACGUGCUUGCCGGCCCCGUGCCCCAAGUCCGGUAACGUCAGCUUGUGGAACAUCCUGAGAACUAACAUCGGGAAGGACCUGUCUAAGGUGGCCAUGCCGGUGGAACUCAAUGAGCCCCUCAACACGCUGCAGAGGCUGUGUGAGGAGCUGGAGUACAGCGAGCUCCUGGACAAGGCUGCCCAGACGCCCAGUGCCCUGGAGAGGAUGGUGUACGUGGCAGCCUUCGCCGUGUCCGCAUAUGCAUCUAGCUACUUCCGCGCUGGGAGCAAGCCCUUUAAUCCGGUUCUUGGAGAAACAUAUGAGUGUAUUCGUGAGGACAAGGGCUUCCAGUUUUUUUCAGAACAGGUCAGCCACCAUCCACCUAUUUCUGCAUGUCACGCUGAGUCUGGAAAUUUUGUUUUCUGGCAAGACAUGAGAUGGAAGAACAAAUUCUGGGGCAAAUCCAUGGAAAUUGUUCCCAUUGGCACAACCCAUGUGACUCUGCCAGCUUUUGGAGAUCAUUUUGAGUGGAACAAAGUGACCUCUUGCAUCCAUAACAUCUUAAGUGGGCAGAGGUGGAUCGAGCACUAUGGAGAGAUUGUUAUCAAGAACCUGAAUGAUGAUUCCUGCCACUGCAAAGUGAACUUUAUAAAGGCAAAAUACUGGAGCACUAAUGCCCAUGAGAUUGAAGGUACAGUAUUUGACAAGAGUGGAAAACCAGUGCAUCGACUAUUUGGGAAAUGGCAUGAGAGCAUCUACUGCGGUGGUUCUUCCUCAUCCACUUGUAUCUGGAGAGCGAAUCCCAUGCCAAAAGGUUAUGAGCAAUAUUAUGGCUUCACACAGUUUGCACUGGAAUUAAAUGAAAUGGAUCCAUUGUUAAAGUCUUUAUUACCACCUACUGACACUCGAUUCAGGCCAGACCAAAGGUUUCUAGAAGAAGGGAGCUUAGAAGAGGCCGAAAUACAAAAGCAGAGGAUUGAACAGCUGCAGAGAGAAAGGCGGCGGGUCUUGGAGGAAAAUAAGGUGGAGCACCAGCCGCGGUUUUUCAGGAAAUCCAGCGAUGACUCUUGGGUGAGCAGUGGCACCUAUUUGGAACUUAGGAAAGAUCUUGGUUUUUCCAAACUGGACCAUCCUGUCUUGUGGUAA